AUGGCCAUCGAUAUCUCGGUCAUCGAGUCGGUGAGACUCAACUCGGCCAGCGAAGAAAAAGUCAUAGCACUCUCCCUUCUGGACUGCACGACAGCCAACUUUUCCCACGGCAGCGCCAUUUGGUUAUACCAGCCCCCAAAGCUACCCGAAUCCGACAAGUUCAACCUCGGAUAUCAUCUCCGCGAGUCUUUGGCCCUCACCUUACAAGCCUACCCCCAAUGGUCAGGUCAUCUCAAAGCCGUGAACAAGACCGAUGGCGUUGGUCCUCCUGAAGCGCAGCAUCUUCCUCCUCAUGCGCGACGAUUUGGGCGCAUCUACGCGCACUUUGGAACCGCCUCGGACCCUGGAGUCGAAUUUGUCUAUGCAAAAAGCUCCGCCACUCUCGACGCUAUCUAUCCCACGGAUCGACCUUUGAAGCAGCCUUUGUGGUCAUGCGAGACGGCGACUUUUCACAGUUUCUUGGCCGCCACAACUCUCGCACAUGCUCUUCAACCUAAUAUUUCAGAUGAAGCUGGACGGCUCAACCCCCUCAUGGCAGUUCAGGUCACGGAACUUGCUUGCGGGGGCUUUGUUGUAGCUGUCAAGGGCACGCAUCCUCUGGCAGAUGCGACAAGCUUCAUCUCCCUACUCAAGGACUGGGCCACCGUCAGCCGAUCAGUCCUGGAGACAAGCGCUCUUCCUGCUCUUACACCUCUUUUCGAUCCAGCGCUGCUUGACAACCAAGCAGCCGGUGACAUCAACGCCGAAGAACCAGACGAGGGAAUUCUUCAAAAGGUCAAGGGUCUGCCAAUGCAUAGAUACGAUUGGUGGGCUUCGGCAGCCACUUGCCCAUGGCCAUUUAAGAUCCCUGCUCCCUUCGAUACUAAGGAACAAACACCAGCAGGCAAGGUGAUGCCCUGGGCUGAAUGGGAUCUUGCCUCGCCAGUAUCCAACUACGUCGUUCAUCUGAACCGGGAACAAGUCGACUUUCUCUGGAACAAGGCCAAUGAAAAUGCCUCGGAAAAGCUUAGUCGGCAUGAUGCGGUUUUGGGACAUAUAUGGUCCUGCAUCGCACGUGCCCGCGGCUUACAAGACGACGAUGGCCCUGUACACUGCGAUCUCGUAUACGGAGUGCGUCCCUCUUUCCAGUUGGGGAGCGAGUUCCAAGGAUCUCCAUGCAUGAUGAUGAACGUGGAAUUACCAGGUUCCAAAGUGGCAGACGAGUCAAACUUGGGCGCUGUGGCUACUCAAGUACGCCAGACGCUCAAAGUGAUUACCGACAAAGACAAUAUGGCCGCCCAUCUUUACAGCAUCGCAUACGAAAAGUCUCCCCAGCGGAUAUGGCAGGCUUUUCUGGGACGACGACACAUUUUAGUAACGACCUGGGGCCGGGCAGGUAUUUAUGAUAUCGAUUUCGGGCUAGGAUCCGAAUGCAGCUACGCUGAGGGUGUGGUCCCUGAGAUGGAUGGGAAUAUUCUCAUCAAGGAGGCUCCUGGGAAGCCGGGGUCUUACUGGACGGACAACGGCGUCGAUAUCUCUAUCCAUAUUAGGACAGAAGAUAUGGAACGGUUGAUCAAGGAUCCGUUGCUUCUCCCGGAGGCCUCCAUCUGA